AGAAGAAGAAAACGUCAAGGCGGUUUGUUCCGCACGGGUACUGCGCAUGCGCACUCUGAGUAGUCCUUGGCUGGUCGGCCUGCUGUAGGUUACAGAUCCGGAGACAACAUGCAGAGCUGGACGCAGGUUUACCGCUCUCUGGCCACGCGGAGCCACCAGCUUCCCUGCAAACUGCACGGAGCGACAGCGCUGUCCGUCAGAAGCUACGCCGACAAAGCUGCGAUCGAUGCAGACAUCACGGUGGUGGGCUCGGGGCCGGGGGGGUACGUCGCCGCCAUCAAAGCCGCACAGCUCGGCUUCAAGACAGUGUGUGUGGAGAAGAAUGCCACGCUCGGCGGGACCUGUCUGAACGUGGGCUGCAUCCCCUCAAAGGCGCUGCUGAACAACUCCUAUCUGUACCACAUGGCUCACGGCAAGGACUUUGAGAGCAGAGGCAUCGAAAUUUCAGGCCUGACGUUGAACCUGGAGAAGAUGAUGGCUCAGAAGAGCGGCGCCGUCAAAGCUCUCACCGGAGGAAUCGCACAUCUAUUCAAACAGAACAAGGUGACCCAUGUGAAUGGCUAUGGGCGGGUGUCGGGGAAGAACCAGGUGACGGCGCUGACGGCUGACGGCAGCGAGCAGGUCAUCAACACCAAGAACAUCCUGAUCGCCACCGGCUCCGAGGUCACGCCCUUCCCCGGGAUUCAGAUCGAUGAGGAGAACGUGGUGUCGUCGACGGGAGCUUUGUCCCUGAACAAGGUUCCCGAGGAGAUGAUCGUGAUCGGAGCCGGAGUCAUCGGAGUGGAGCUGGGGUCAGUGUGGCAGCGUCUGGGCUCUAAGGUGACGGCGGUGGAGUUCCUGGGCCACGUGGGCGGCAUGGGCAUCGACAUGGAGAUGUCCAAGAACUUCCAGCGCAUCCUGCAGAAACAGGGCCUGAAGUUCAAGCUCAGCACCAAAGUGAUGGCCGCCACCCGCCGGCCCGACGGGAAGAUCGACGUAGCGGUGGAGGCGGCGGCCGGAGGGAAGAACCAGACUCUGACGUGCGACGUGCUGCUGGUGUGUGUGGGCAGACGGCCGUUCACUCAGAACCUCGGCCUGGACUCUGUCGGCAUCGAGCUCGACAACAGGGGCCGCAUCCCCGUCAACAACCGCUUCCAGACCAGCGUACCCAGUAUCUACGCCAUCGGGGACGUGAUCGCCGGCCCGAUGUUGGCCCACAAAGCCGAGGACGAGGGCAUCAUCUGUGUGGAGGGUAUGGCGGGCGGCGCCGUCCACAUCGACUACAACUGCGUCCCCUCCGUCAUCUACACCCACCCCGAGGUGGCCUGGGUGGGCAAGACUGAGGAGCAGCUCAAGGAGGAGGGCAUCCCGUACAAAGUGGGAAAGUUCCCCUUCGCGGCCAACAGCCGAGCGAAGACCAACAACGACACCGACGGCAUGGUGAAGAUCCUCAGCCACAAGGAGACGGACAGGAUGCUGGGGGCUCACAUCGUGGGGACGGGGGCCGGGGAGAUUAUCAAUGAAGCUGCGCUGGCCAUGGAGUACGGAGCUUCCUGUGAGGACAUCGCCAGAGUCUGCCACGCACAUCCUACGGUGUCUGAGGCCUUCAGAGAAGCGAACCUCGCAGCCUCCUUCGGGAAGGCGAUUAACUUCUAACCCGCGGAGCCGCUGCUCCUUUAGUGUACAUAACAAGGAGACCCCCCCCGUCCCCGUCCCGCUCUCAGCUCCUGUGUUAUUUAAACGUUCUCUCAGUAAAGGAGGCGGGGGGGAACCCACGCUGCCCUCAGUUCAGUCUCUCUGCUCCACACAGACAUCCCAGAAUGCAUCACUCUUAUCUACAGAACUUAGAGGUAUAAAUAUUAUUGUUUCUGCGGGUGGGAUCGGCUUCCUCUGAAAGGAAGGCGUGGUUUUGUUAUUUUUACAGACUUUAUGGCGGGGAGUCGGGUCAGGAAGACGCGCGCUCCACAGGUGGAAUAAACUCCGGGGGCUGAAGCACGGCGAGCUUUAAUCCCCAGAGGAAUUUAUGUUGAAUUAGUGAGAAUUGGCGCUCAAAUUCAGUCAUUCACACGUCUUUGAAGCUGAAUUUCUGCCUCAAUUCAUCAUUUUUAAUUUGCAGAAACAACAAACGGCGGCAGGAGAAAGGAACCUAAAUCUCAAUGUAAUGUCUGUCUUUUAAAGUUCUACUUUCUAGUUGUUUUUCAGAGCUUUGAGACACAUUUCAGUCCAAAUCCAUUCCCUGAGAUGUGGUUGAAAACUAGUGGGUGUACUUUUAUAUCAAAAUAAAGAAAGCACUCCUUAGCAGCAACAAAUGGGACAAAUAAAGGGUAAAAAACACUAGAAAAAAAGUGAUUAAAUGCAGAUAUUCAUUGGAAUUAGUCACCAUCACACAGUAACGUACGCAGAGGAGAGGACUGCAAGCUAGUAGAGCUGCAACCGUUUAAAUGAGCAAUCAAUCUGUGAGUUUUCAACACUGCUAAUAUAGAAUGUACUGCUGUUCUCUCAUAUCAUUUAAGAGAAUAUAUAAGACUUCACGGCCACAGUUUGGACUUUUUUUCCACUAUGUUCUGACUUUUUAUCGACGAAAGACGCAGAUUAUUCGACAAUACAAACAAAUACAGUGUAUGAUAAAUGAUCAGCUGCAGCACUACAAGCUAUGGUCAAAGGCUCUAAAUCAACACUAUUGCUUUUGUUUACAGCAGAACUCUUUAAGUCUCCUCCUGAUUUGUGCAGAGCCUCAGUUUAUUCCCCUGUAGAACGAGGACUCCAUUGGGAUGGUUUUCCUGCUCCGGCCGCUCCCCUGUGCUGCUGGCUCUUGCUUUUCUCUACAUUUGAAACCAAUAAAAUAUGAGUUGAAUAAAAA